AUGGCAGAAAAAAUGCUGCAAGAUGACUAUUUUAAGUGCAAUGAAGAAGCUAAAGCCUUUCUUAAGGAUGUUGCUGUGGCUGUUAAGAAAUUGGAACAAAUGAGAAAAGACACCAUUGAUCUUUUGGAAAUGGAAAGCAUGGAACUUAGCAGACUAUAUUUUCUAUUACGAACGGUUCCUGGUAAAUUUUAUGUAGAAUUAGAAGACUGUGUCAGAGAUGCUCGAAAAUUAAAUAUUUUUGAGAAAAAUGGAUUACAAAGGAAAAUCUUCCAAUUGGAUAAUGAAGAAAGGUUUCUGAGGAAAAGAUUGAAAGAGCUUCAAGAAGUAAAUGAAACUCUGGGUGAAACGCAAAAUAAACUAGCAAAUAAACAUCAAGAGAUUGUCAUGGAACUCAACUAUCUGUUGGAAGAAAAAGCCAUGAUGACUGUUUCCAUCAAUGAAAUUUAUGUUAAAAUAAACUCAGCAGAAAAAUUACUAAACUUGCAAAAGCAAUGUUAUAAAGAUGUUACUGAUGAAUUAGAAAGAGAAAAAAGCUCAAUUUUCCAAAGAAAACAAGUAUUGUCUGACAAGAUUUAUGAAAUGAAAAUGCUCCAUGGUCAAAAGAAAGACGAAACUUUUGAAAUGAAGAGAAAAUUCCAAGCAUUAACACGCAAAAUGUCGGAAAUAAAAGAUAUGGAUACUGUAAGCACAGAGAGUUUAACUGAUCACAAUCUUACCGUAUUGCAACUACAAGAAACAAUAAAAUACUGGCAACAGGAAGUCCAUAGCCUUAUGGCUUCCUGUAAGAACCUGGAGGAGAAGAAGAUCUAUUUUGUAAAUAGCAGAAUGAGACUGGACACUGAACGAAACAUUGAGAAAGAAGAUUUAUUACAUAAGAUAAAACAGAUAGCUGAAAAACUAAAGAGUAGACGUUUGGUGUACCAAGAUCUACAAGAGAGAUUACAAAACUUAAACAAACAAUUUAUGGCUGCAAUAAAAGAGGAAGAAAAAAUGAAAAGACAUAGGAGGAAGAUGAUUCUCGAAAAUGAAAAACUCUUAAAUUAUAUCACUGAGAAAGAAAACUUCCUUUUCAAAAGAAAAAUUGACAUCAAGAAUAUGACAGAAGGAAUCAGCACGCUUAGAGAACUUUUACAAGCUACAAAAGAAUUAUAUCGAAAAGAAGUGAAGCAACUGGGUGAUAAAUUUCAAAAGGAAUGUCAGAAGCGAUUUUUCACUAAGUGGAAAAUAUCUUGUGCUCAAAAAAAAACUAAAGCUUGGGUAUCAGAGCAAAGUACUUUACUAGAAAAUCUAAUAAAUGAUAUUCAGACUGUACAACUAACCCGCAAGUAUUUAGAAACAGAGAUCACUGAUAAAGAAGAAGAGAUCGCUGACUUUUUGGUAGGUGUUAAAGAACUUGCCAUAAAAUUAAAAGAGGAUGAGAAACACUUUGUUGAUAAGGAAAUUAAGCUAAUUGAAGAGCUAACCGAGUCUCAGAAAAUAUUUGUCAUAGAAAAGCAAGGUGCUGAAAUGUAUGAAAACAUGCUGCAGGAGUAUCUUCCUAAUCUUCAGGAGGUAGAAGUGGAGUUUAUAAACAAAAACAAAAAGUAUGAAAAGCUCGCUGAUCAGCUUUCAGGUACACAUGAAACAUUCUGCAACUGCCCUCAAGCUGAGUUAGAAUUUCUGUUAUCUUCUGUCAUGGGGCUUCUUCCACUAUUUCCACUCACAACCCUAAGAAGUACAACAGGAGCAUGA